GACCGAGUGGAAGAAACCAGCGGGAGAAGCGCCGAUAUUCUGAGCUGUGAUCCGCAUCCAACACGACACCGUCAUGCAUCGUGACUGUCCUCUUGACUGUAAAGUCUACGUUGGAAACUUGGGCAACAAUGGGAACAAGACUGAGUUAGAGAGGGCAUUUGGCUACUAUGGUCCUCUCCGCAGUGUCUGGGUGGCCAGAAACCCUCCAGGUUUCGCUUUUGUUGAAUUUGAAGAUCCCAGAGAUGCAACUGAUGCAGUGCGUGAGCUUGAUGGGAGGACGUUGUGUGGUUGUCGAGUACGAGUGGAGCUGUCCAAUGGUGAGAAGCGGAGCCGCACCCGUGGUGCUCCUCCUUCGUGGAGCAGACGUCCUCGAGACCGAGAUGACUACAGGCGUCGCAGCCCACCGCCCAGACGAAGAUCUCCACGCAGGCGGAGCUUCAGCCGCAGCCGUAGCAGGUCUUUCUCCAGAGACAGGAGGAGAGAGAGGUCACUCUCCAGGGACAGGAACCACAAACCUUCAAGGUCCUUCUCCCGAUCAAGGAGCCGCUCCAGGUCUAAUGACAGAAAAUAGAGGAAAGUCCGUCAAGUGUAAAGGGAGCUGAAGAUGAACGGUUGUAGAGCCUUUACCGUUUCCUGUGAUGGACUUCAACAUGGCUGUGUGGCCAUUUUUUUGUGCGUGUUGUUUUUGUUUUUUAAUAAACAAUCAAGCAUUUUAGUGUCCCUCCCCCUCUUCUUGUUCUGAACAUUUUCAAACAUACUGAAUGGGCUCGGACAGGUGUAAAUCACCUGCAUCGCUUAAACUGCGUCUGUCCUCAAACAGUUGUGCCACCCAGCAUUCCAGUUCACCGGUUAAUCUCUUUGAGCUUUGGUUUUUGUUUAUGAAUGUACUGUGUAGUUCAUCAUAGUGUGAGUAAUUUGUCAUUUUCACUGUGUAAAUCCAAGCAUUGUUUUUUAAAGAAAGAACUGGGAUAGGUGAGAAAUCCCCUCAUUUUGAUUGCCUGUAUGGCCAGCCUGUUUUUGUCUUGCUUCUUCAUACUGUGAAGGUUUCCAUCUGUUAAUGGUUAGUCAAUUGUUUUUUUAAAAAAUAGCACCCACAUUCAAGAUGCAAAACUGAAGCAUUAUUUCAAAAAAGGUUAGAAUGAACAGAUGUUGGAUUUUUGUCUAUGAAGUUUUGCAUUUUUCUUUUGUUUGAUACUGUGUGAAUGGUCUCUCAAUUAAAAUUACAGGUUGUUAAAAAAUAA